CCUCCUCGCAGGUAGUUGUUUGGCUUCGGACUCGUUUAAUGGUUGCACCGUAACAUCAGCUAGCAUUCCAAUGACUAACUUGGCUGUCUAACAGAUUGCUUUUCUUCAACAUCUUUUUCUGCUUCAUAAUUCAGGACGCAACAUGGAUAACAAUCAAGAGUCCAAAGACGGCACUGAUCGAUCUGACCUGGUGUCUGAGGACGGGAAGAACACCAAGUCUGUUCUGUGUCAGCGGUGCGGGUCCAAGGUGCUGUGUCCUGGGAUGGCCGUGUUCACAGAAAACGAACUGUUCCUACCAUCCAUGCGGAAAAAGAGCGGCCUCAGCAACGCCGAGGCCUCAGUCGACGGUGACACUCUGACCUCUCACUGGUUAGUGGAUGACAUGUUCAGUUUUGAGAACGUGGGCUUCACGAAAGACGUGGGCAGAAUCAAGUAUCUCAUCUGUGCAGAUUGUGAGAUCGGACCAAUCGGAUGGCACUGUUUGGACGACAAGAAACAAUUUUACGUUGCUUUGGACAGAGUGAAUCAUGAAUAAUGCUGGAGCAGACAUAAGCCCUAAAGGACUUCAGAAAUGCUUUGACCAGCUAUGCAUUCUUUUGUGGAUUUGCCCCAAUGAAUUGACCCUUAAUCGAUCCAUCAUAAACACACUUAAUGGAACUGCUAUGUGUAAACCAUUUGUAAUAAUAAGGUUGUGCCACAUUCAUUGCUAUCUGUCAGACAUCAUUGUCCUAAGACUAACUAAUCUUGACUCACUAAUAUUAAAAUAAGUUUUGAAAGUUUUUCUUUUCUUGCAGCUGUUUCCUGGAUGAAAUAAAGUCAUCAGAUUUUAUUGCUUAUAACAUUAA